AUGGCAUCCAGUCGCAUCCUGGUGAUUCUGUUGUUGACUAUUUUCUCUGGACCAUGCAUGUCUCAUCCUAUCAAUGGAGAUGAACACUUUGGAACAUCCGCACCCUGCAUCGGUGGGCCUUUAGGGAUGCAAAACGGGGCUAUCCCUGAUAGCAGCAUCACAGCAUCGUCUUUCUACUAUUAUGCCAUUUACUACCCACGUGCCGCUCGUCUUAAUGUUGGGAGCUACGGGUGGCAACCGAGAACGCCAAAUGGGCAGUGGAUCCAGGUCGACCUGGGUAAACCCACGGCAGUUACUGGGCUCACCAUGCAAGGCAGAUACUCCACUUCCACCUAUUUUGUCAGGGCAUUUUCAGUGCAGUACAGCAUGACGGCGGACUCCGGUGACUGGAGUAGCUUGUCUAACGACGUUGGACAAACUGUCACGUUCAGAGUGAGUAGUGGUGCAGCGACAAAUGUCACCUUCCCGAUGGUACCCCUAGCGAGGUAUAUUCGUAUCUUCCCAUCUCAGUGGCAAGGUGGCUGCUACAAUCUAAGAUUUGAGGUGCUCGGGUGUCAAGUUCCUGAAGAUGGUGCGAUUAAGUUGGUUGACGGCGACGACGAAAGGAGCGGCCGUGUGGAAAUCUACCACCACGGCGAAGGUGUGAGCUGGGGAACCGUCUGCGCCAGCGACUGGGACAUCAACGACGCUGACGUCGUGUGUCGUCAGCUGGACCUCGGCGCCGCAGUCCAGGCUAAUAAAGCAUCGGAGUACGGGACAGGCGACCUGCCCGUCGUGAUGAACAAAGUCGCCUGUGAGGGGACAGAGAGCCGGCUGGCUGACUGUCCGUUUGUCUGCACCGCCUAUCAGCAGUGCAACAACUCCGACGUAGCCGGUGUGGUCUGUCUGCCCAAGCUAAGUAAAUAA